AUGCGCGCUACUAACAAACUUCCUUUUGCACCAUCUACCACAUUACAAAUACUUGUCUCAAAUCUAGAAUUAUAUUUUUUUUUAGCCAUGGAACUCUUAUCUCAUUUAGGCAUCGCACCGGCCCCUAAUGCGACAUUCCGAUCUUUAUUAUUGCAACUCCGUGGGUAUCUUGUCUUAUGGAUCCUAUUGCGUUUCACUGUAAUAUACCACGUCGUGUCUGCAAUAUCCUCUUCUUUCAGCCUCUUAUCUUUCGAAACAGACUACAUCAAGAGGAUGUCCUGCUUUUGUUUCUGGAGAAUUGUACUGUGUUUCAUCGUAUGUCUUCGCCGUCUUUUCCCUUUGUCCUCUCUCUUUCGCAUAUCUUUCUUACUGACUUCAGAAAUUGAACAACGUAACGAUAAAUGUUUCUGGCGACGCCCUCUCUACGCUGUCAGCCAUUGUCAUCUCCAACCACCAGUCUCUAGCAGAUUAUGCCAUUUUGGCACAUUUGGCAUCUAA